AUGGCGAUGCCUGCUGGUGUGAAACUUGAUGACGGAAAAGGUGGAUUUUUUACGAAUUGCUUCCCUGCAAGGAACGGUUUCAGGCAGUCUGAGGAUGCUGGAGCCUGGCUGGUGGCCCAAAAGGCAGAGCAGCGUCGCCACUUUAAGGCUGUCCUGUGUGCGAAACCCAAGACCUAUGCACAGAUUAAACAUGAGCGUAAAGAAAAGGAAAAAGAAGAAAGGAGAAAGAAAAAUCCGCCAUCGACACUGGACGAUUUCAGAGCCGACAACUCUACUUCAGGAAUGCUGGACGGCUUCUUCCUGAUAAAGCACUGUUGUGUCGACGACCCCACCGAUGUGUGCUCGAUUAACAUCACCGACAAAGAGCUCACGGAUGUGAAGGAGGAAGACUUCCAGCUGUUCGAUAAUGUUGCGUACAUCAACGCUGGGGAAAACCUUUUACCAUUUGAGGCAUUUACCAAUUUUCCAAUAGUUCGAGAGUUGGAGAUGCCAUUAAAUGCACUACGAGGAAUAAGAGUGGAGUUUGACGAUUUUCCUUGUUUAGAAGUUCUUGAUCUUUCCUACAACAACCUUUCCAAAGAUGAUAUUUUAACGCUGGGUAUCCUCCCGAAACUGAAAGUGCUCUUCCUCACCGGUAACCAGCUGCGAUCCCUCCCACCCGAACUAGCCAAGCCUAUCAAGACUACACUGCUUGAUUCCAAAGAAACUUCCGUUGCCCGCUUCCCAAGCCUGGAGCUUCUGUCCCUAGAUGACAACCACCUGACCGAUCUUGCCACCUUCGCCAGCCUGGCAGGCCUGAAGAGACUCAAACGUCUCAACCUGGAGAAGAACGAGAUCCACUGCGUACCUCACCUCAGGGCCCUAAGCGGGAAACACAUCGCUGUGGAGAGUGAAAUUCCGUCCAGAACCUCUACGCCAGGACGCCGGUCAAGGAGGAAAGAAUCCAAGAGUCGCAGUAGUAGCAGGAGUGGGAUGGCAUCACCUGGGGUGACGCCAGUUGAGCCUGACGAUGGUAGCAACACACCUGAUGCCUUACAGCAAUAUCUGACGGAGAUCAAGGAGGAAUCCGGAGAGGGUAGCUUGAACGAUGACACCCCCUCACAAGAUCUCCCGCCUCCAUUUCCUGAGUUGGAACACCUCAGCCUAGCCUUCAAUAGGAUCGAAGACGAGGAAUCCCUCUUAGCGGUCGCCGCCUGGCCGAUGCUGAAGGAGCUGAUCAUUCAUGACAAUCCCCUGACCACCAACAGCAGCGGAGACCCACCCUUACUCAAGAGGUACCUCAGAGACAGGCUUGGCAUCAAUAUGAUCAGAAAGAAACCUGACAAGCAGCCCAAGCCUGUUAUACAGGUCCCUACGAAACCACACAGGAAGGUUGCUGAAGUUGUACCCCCAAUCCCAAAGAAGCCACUUCAGUUAAUGCUCGAGUCAGCACCAGCUGCAAGAGCAGCCCUCCCACCCUCGACCAUGCAACCGACCCCUCCGCGCACCAUUGGUACGUCCCAACAUCCUGUCUCUGAACCACUCCCACCAAUCCCAGGGACCCCAGUGGACAGACCAAAGACAGAUCCACUUCAUAAUAGGAGGCGACAUGAGGAGGGGCCAGAGGAGGAGAAGAUGUCAAGGACAAAAUCUUGGACGGAAGAGAACUUCAAGAGGCCCACUCCGCCUGGUGAUCUGAAGGAAGCAGCUCAACAAGCCGAUGAGCCAGUCUUCCUUACACAGGUGGACGAUCAAACUGAAGAGCCAAUAGGUACCGACCAAGUUCCGCCCUCCUCAGACGACGCCCCUGCUAAACAAAAACAGACUAAGAAAGAACGGCGGAAGAAGGAGCGGGUAGACAGUGCUGCAUACUCCAUCUCUGUACCAGAUAAGUUCAAAGGUUACGAGAUUUUCUACGAUGCUCCGGACGAUCCGGAUUUUGAACCAGUUGUUACAGAUAUCCAAGGGAACCUGCGCUCACUGCGGCUCGCUUUGAAGCAAUCUACGCUGUAUCAGAACGCGGUUGAUCUAGAACGACCUCAGAAACCAUUUGAACCGUAUCAGAGAAGCACACUUCAACCCAGACCACCGCAUAAAAACAAGGCAGAGAAGCUGGAAGACAUCUUGGAGACGAUGAAGAAAAGAUUGGUCAUCGAUGAGAUCAACUUGGGCAAGAUCUUAGAAGACAAGACGAAACUCAAGAAGGAGUACCCGGAGGUUGUCAAACUACUCCAGGAGAUUCAGACCAAGUACAGCACCGUCCGCGCCACCUCGAUGCACAGCAAAGAAAGCCAACAAGAAGCUGUCUCAGAAACCUUAAAGGCCAUGCAAAGCAUCAGCGACAGAUUCAAGGAACAGGAGUCGACACAUGGGGGCGCCAGAUCUAAGUCUAGCAGAGGGACGACAAGAGUCAAAUCUGCGUCCGUCAUUAAGUCUUGAGAUGGAUGAGAUCAGUGUAGCAAAAGACCAUUUCAUAAAGCUGUCAAGGCACUGGACACUAUUGGUAAUUACUCAAAAUAAUUGUUUGCAUAUAAAA